AUGACGAAGAAGAACAUCAUCAUAAUCGGCGGCGGGAUGUGCGGCCUCGCCACAGCGAUCUCGCUCUCGCAGAAAUUUUCCCAGACCUCACCAGAACUCAACCUCGGCGUAACUGUCUACGAGCUCCGCAACGCACCAAGUGCCCUGGGUGGGCCCGUCAAUCUAACCCCAAAGGCUCUCCGCUGUCUAGACAAGCUCGGCGUGCUCGCGAAACUGCGCGAGAUGAAAGCCGGCUGUCCCGUUGACGCGAUUCAGCUGUUCUCCAUGCGCACUGGUGCGCAGAUCGGUACGAUUGAUUAUAAUGGGCCUGACGGGACUGGGUUCUCCGGGUACAAGGGGUGGAGGGUCAUGCGAUGUGAUCUCCUGAACGCAAUGGUCGAUGUCGCGGCGGGCAGUCCGGGAGUGGAAAUACAGUUUGGGAAGCGGCUAACUGGGAUUCGGGAGCAGGCGUCGGGGGAGGAAAGCGGUGGAGGAGGGGAGGUGCGUGUUGACUUUGCAGAUGGGACGGGUGCAGUCGGCGACGUUGUGCUGGGCUGCGAUGGGAUCCAUUCCGCGGUUCGGAGCCUCUUGGUCGAGCCGGACAGGCAGCCGUAUUAUUCGGGCAUUGCGAAUGCCUACGGGUUCGUCAAAAGGGAGGAUGUCCUCCGUGGAGGGCACAGGUCAUUUUUCAAUGAUUCGGCUCUGAUUAUGUCGCGAUAUGGCUCGACCCUGACUACGUUCUGCGACUACGACCGGAGCUUGAUCUAUGUUGUGCUCUUGAUACAAAUGGCAGAGGCGAAAUCGCGUGAAGGGUGGAGAUCUGCAGCCGAAGAUCAACAGGCGAUACGGAGUGAAGGGCUACGGAGAACCAGGGACUCGGCUAUUCCGGACCUUGAGAACAUGAUGGCCCAGGUUGAGGAGUGGACGCUUUAUCCCGUGUACCUUCUCCCACCAAACGGAGUCUGGCAUACGAACCGAGUACUCUUACUCGGGGAUGCAGCACACGCUAUGCCGCCCAUAGGCGAAAGUAUCGGCCACGCCUUGGAAGAUGCGAUCAAAAUUGCUAGUGUCCUCUCACAGUACGGCCUUGACUCGAUUGACGAGGCCUUUGGCUUUUACGAACAACUUCAACGGAAGAAGAUCGAAGACGCGUUUCAGGUUUCCUCGACUGGCUGGAUGUCGAACCAUGACAUCGGUGCAAUAGGCGCUCGCAUUAUGGAGUGGAUAACUCCUCUAUAUUUGUGGUGGACGCGAGCGGCCAUGGUGAGGGAUUUCCUUGAUGACCCUGAUGAUAUCACGUUCUCGGCGCGUAGUACGUCUUGAUGCUUUGGUGCAACUCUUCGCGUGUAAUUCCUGUUGUCUGUGACGCCGCGAUUGCCGGGCAGGACAGUAGUAUCCAACGAAGUCUCCAUUGAGGAACAUGAGGCUACUGGUCAUGGAAGGGCUGCGGAAAUAGCUGACACAGAUAAGCUGGAAUUGUCUUUCCCUUGCCCAGAUCAGGACCAUAACCAGACGCUGAAAUGCAGA